CUUUGAGAGGGGGAGGAGUUGUGUCUAAAAAAACAAACCCAACCUGUCGUUCUCUGCUCUGCCAACCUGUCAGUCCAGCCAUGCAAGAAGAGAGGGAGAGAGACAGAGCAAAAGAAAAGAGGGAGUGAAGCAGAGAUUCUUUCAAACCUCAGCAGGACAUUAAGAUUUCCAAUGAACAAAGAAAACAACCCCUGGCACCUUCUGUAAGCAGAGGCAGAGAUGAGGAAGAUGAAUGACCAAAGUGGCUGCUACAGGCCGGUAAAUAUCCAGGGAAACAAGGUCAGUUACCGCGGCGCCUGUCGGGAAAGCCCGGAAAAGGAGGUGAAAAGGCUGCAGAAGAGGUUUCUCCACAAGGAUGGCAGCUGCAACGUCUACUUCAAGCACAUCUUUGGGGAGUGGGAGAGCUACGUGGUGGACAUCUUCACCACGCUGGUGGACAUCAAGUGGCGCCACAUGUUUGUGAUUUUCUCGCUGUCCUACGUGCUCUCGUGGCUUUUCUUCGGCCUGGUGUUCUGGCUGAUUGCCGUCCAGCACGGGGACCUGUUCAGCGACGAGGAGAUCACCCCCUGCGUGGCAAACGUGCACAGCUUCACGGGAGCCUUCCUGUUCUCCCUGGAAACGCAGACCACCAUCGGGUACGGCUACCGCUGCGUGACCGAGGAGUGCUCGCUCGCCAUCCUCAUGGUGAUCCUGCAGUCGGUGCUGAGCUGCAUCAUCGACACCUUCAUCAUCGGGGCGGCCUUGGCCAAGAUGGCCACGGCCCGCAAGAGGGCCCAGACCAUCCGUUUCAGCUACUACGCCGUGGUUGGGCUGAGGGAUGGCAAAUUCUGCCUGAUGUGGCGCAUCGGGGACUUCCGGCCCAACCACAUGGUGGAGGGCUCGGUGCGCGCGCAGCUGCUGCGCUACAGGGAGGACAAGGAGGGGAGGAUGACCAUGGAGUACCGGGACCUGAAGCUGCUCAACGACCAGAUCAUACUGGUCACACCAGUCACCGUUGUCCACGAGAUCGACAGCGACAGCCCCUUGUACGGCCUGGACCGCAAAGCCCUGGCCAAGGACAACUUUGAGAUCUUGGUGACCUUUGUCUACACGGGUGACUCCACGGGGACUUCCCACCAGUCGCGGAGCUCCUACGUGCCCAGAGAGAUCCUGUGGGGCCACAGGUUCAACGAUGUCCUGCACGUCAAGAAGAAGUACUACAAGGUGGACUGCCUGCAGUUCGAGGAGACCACGGAGGUGUACGCCCCUCACUGCAGCGCCAUGCAGCUGGAGCGCAAGGAGCAGGAGUGGAACCGCGCCGAGAAGACGCGGGAGAAGCAAGCGGAGAAGCCAGCCCUGGAAAUCAAGUCCAACCAAAAGUCCUUCAGCGCUGUUGCCCUCGUCACCAGUUGUGAGGAUCCUGAAGAGCCAGUGACAGCUUCCAGCCAGCCUCCUGGAGAGGUUUCCUACAGGAAAGCUGCUGUGACCUUGAGCAGGCUCUCCAUAGAGUCCCAAAUCUGACUUUUCCUGCCAUUAAAACCCCUCCCAACAAAUCCUCCCCUCGUGGCUCCUCGAACACAGACAGCGGGCUUGUGUGCAGCAGUAUUUAUGUCCCAGACCUCGUGGCCAUGCUGUCACACACUGUCACACCCUGCUGGGCUGCGGGGACAGCUCUGUGCUGCGGGAACAAGGGAGCAGCUUCCACUUGGGAUGUCCAGAGAGCCCCUGCACUGGAGCAAACCCUGGUGAACUUCCUUCCCCUGCAGGGACCAGGGCUGGCCGUGCCCAGAGACGCAGAACAACCUCGGCAGGGCACACAAACCAUGCCCUGUGCCCUCUGGGGAGGGGUUUCCAAGCUGCCUCGUUGGUUUGGAAAGCCCAUUCCAGCCCCUCCAGGAGGCUCUGGAGCUCCAUUAUCCCAGCAAGUGAUUCCUCAGAUCCAGCCUCAUCCCAGAGCUCCUCUGGUGAAUCCGUGGGGCUGUUCUUUGUAAGACAAAGGAAUGACUGACCCCAGUGCUCCUGGGUGGCUUUGGACACCUGCUCACAUCCUGCCCGGUCCUGUGGGACCUACAGUGGGAUCCUGGAGAGCUUCCAUCCCUAAUCAUGAACCACUCCCUGAGGUGCUGCUCCCUCAGCAGCUGGAGGGAUGCAGGAGGUCAAAAAAAAAAAAAAAAUCAAAACAAGACCUCUGGUUUUAAAUCAGCAAAAUCAGGUUGAGCCUUGAGGAGAUCAUGUCUGGAGUGAGCUGUGCAGUAUUUGAUAUCAAAUCCUCUUUCAUUUCAUUUCGCUUUUCUUUUCAGCGUGUUGCACUUCCUUGCAAAGACAAAGAUCAAUCUGGAGAGCAAACAGGGUGAUUUUGUCAGAAUGAAAAGUGCUUGUCUCAGAUGGCUGUGCUAAAAUGAUCCUUCACAAGAAAUCCAACAACUCCGGCUCACACUGGGGGGAAAAAAAAAGGAAAACAUUGAUGCUCUGAAGGUGUCUGUGACGUGGAAGUUCCGUGCUCUGCACGUCUCUGUAAUUAUCCAGUGAGCAAUGCCUCAUCAUGCUCUUGCCCCUGAUGAUUGCAGUUCAUUUGCGUUGUGUUUAAUUACCCUGCAAACAUAAAAUAAUCAUAUCAGAGUUGCUGGGGUUGAGCUCACCUGACCUUAGCAGCAAAGAAAUUCAGUGUUUGCCUGCUCUCUGUGGUUCCUGGAACUCUUCAGUCUCCACAGGAGAGUUCACUCCACCUUCCUCUGGUUUUUAGGGAUGAGUUUAUCCUGGAAAUGUUCAUCCCUCUCCAUUUAUUGCUGACGGAGAUGAAACGACUGCUGUGGAAAUGCUGGCUAACUUUAGGCUGCUAAAAUUAGGUCUGACGAGUCAUUCACAUCAUUCUGACUAAUUAAUUGGGCUUUUAUGAGCUCAUCACGUUUAAUGAAGAAAAAAAUAGCCUGCUAAGUGGCUUUUAUUUCUUUUUUUCUUUUUUUUCCCCCCCUGCAAUUUACUCCAUGUAGUAGUAGGAUUGCUGGAUUAUUUUAAUGUGUUUCUCUUUUGCUAGCACUUGUCUCUGGAUAAACAUGAUCCCUUUAGGUAAAACUGAAGCCUGGGGGGUGUUAGUUAUUCAAAAACUCAUUAAUUAGCCCAUUUUAUAUGCUGAUUCAUCAGCAACAACCACUUAUAAGUGCAGUAAAAACCAUCUCCUUGUAUCCUGGAUUUAAACACUGGCAGACAUGGGGGAAAUAGUCUAGAAAAAAAUGGGAAGGAAUGUAGGAAAAUGUGGAAGAGUCU